AUGACCAAGCGGCCAGCAUCGAGCCUGGAGACGGGCGAGAGUCUUGGUGGUGCAGAGGCGCCGAGCAAACGAAAAUGUUCGACAGAGAGCGCAGGUUGGGAAUCAGCAACGCCUGCGGGUGAAGUCUCUACAGCUCUAGACCGCGCAGCUUCCGGGCUAGCUCUUCCGUCGCUGGUCGCCGUCACGCCGUGGAUUUCGUCUGAGAUAUCUUCCGACCUGCCGCCUCUGCCCAAGAUACUGGAUCCCGAGCUUGAAGAGGUUGCCUUUACUCACCCUGGACUUGGUCUCGUGCAAAACUACGAGCGCUUGGAAUGGCUUGGCGAUGCGUAUCUGGAGCUUAUUGCCUCGAGCCUGAUCUACCAGACCUUUGGGCGAACUCCAUCCGGGCGUUGCUCUCAGCUGCGGGAGCUCUUGAUUCGCAACACCACUCUAGCCCAGUAUUUUCGGCAGUAUGACAUGCACCUGCGAGCUAAACUCCCUUCCGACCUGGUCAAAUCUGGAGAGCUGGGAAGGGGGCGAUCGAGUGACAAGGACCAGCUCAAGACACAGGGGGACAUGUUCGAGGCGUACGUCGCUGCGGUCAUCGUCUCGGACCCCCAAAACGGUCUGGCCAAUGUCGUCUGCUGGCUAAAGACGCUCUGGGGUCAUACCAUCAGGCACAAAAUUGUCGAGAACGAAAAGUUGCUCUCAGGCUUGCCGCCGUCCAAUGUCAAAGCAGCCUACCUCGCGCCAGGCGCUAGGGAUCUCAAUGCCAAGGACAGGCUGAGGGCCAUUGUUGGGGCCAAAGGCGUCUCCAUCCGCUACGAAGACAUUCCUGGAAACAGCAAACACAAGGAUUUCGGCAUGCCGCUCUUUACCGUUGGCGUCUACCUCGAUGGAUGGGGCGAGAAGAACAAGUUGCUCGGCACAGGCACGGCCAUGCAGAAAAAGGAGGCGGGGCACAAGGCCGCGACCAUGGCGCUGGAGAAUAAGAAGCUGAUGAAGUUGUACGGGGCGAAGAAGGAGGCGUUCCAGGAGGCGCUUCAGGAGGCUGCGAGGACAGCCGAGUCGGUGGACGAGCAGGGGCCUGCCAGCUGA